AGUUUCGUAUCGACAGCCGUGUAGGUUGUAUUUAAAAAAAAUUGUGGUUGGUUUUUUAACGCGUGCGUGGACUGUUCAGAUAUGUGAAGUUUAGGUUUUUUUAAGUGGAGGCAAUUGCUUUUUGUGGGCUGAUGCGGCGAUGAGUUUUGGCGCGAAAUUUGAAUGGUGACGUGUGGUAACGGUAAUUGCAAUGCAUCGCAAGAAAUGGAUCCGACUUCGGCCCAGCCGGAGGAAUGUCAGUAAAAAGUAGUACUUUCAAUGAGGAAGUGAAAGAGUUUAUAGAAGGCUCAUCGGAGUAAAUUAUCGGGAAGAUAAAUUAAGUAAAAGACAAAGGAAUUGAACGUGUUAAUUAGAGCGUUCACGUGUACGAGCCGUGUUGCGAAGGAAAAGUUACUUGAUCGAGGAGACAUGCCUCGAGACGGUACAUUGGCACUGUUUGCGCUCGUUAAUCAGUUCAAUUGAAUAACGUAUUAAUACGUCGGGGUCAUCGCGAGGGGUUAAUCACAAUGUCCACGCCGGAUACGAUGGACACCAUCGAUGAAGCGGAGCAGGCGUGGCACGAGAUGCUGGAGUGCGAGACCGGAUCCUUAUUGGGCCGAGUCGCAGAUCUCGAGAGGCAAUCUUUGGCGCAGAGGGACGAGAUAGUUUGUCUUCGAGCUACUCUUGCGGAUGCGCUUAGGCGAAUUGCACAACUAGAAGGACGAGAAAAGAGGGAGGAUGAAAGGAACGAAAGGAGAAGCGAGAGGAUGGUGUCCUCGCCCUUACGGAAUGGACACGCACCUCUUAGAAGUAAUCAAAAUUCGGUAGCCCAAAAAGACAUACGUCUACGUCAGACGAGUACUUCGUGUCUGAGGAACUCUUCGUCCUCGGGGUCUUCUCAAGAUGUACGAGAUUCGCUCUCCAGUCCGCGUAGACCAGUCAGUUAUACACAUUCGUCACAACUUCCUCAAAGAAGGUCAGUUCAUUACCAAUCAACGGGUUCGUUACACUCGGACAGUCCCAGUAGUAGUAGUGUUUCCCCGGUGCCAUCGCCAGGUCCUAGAGUCACACCACUGCCAGUAGCCAGAUCGCCAACAGCGAGAUCAAACGGGCCACCUAAAAGCAGCUUAAGAAGGGCGAAGCGGUGGUCAUCGACAGGGGACUUUACUCAUUCCCCGCAAAAUCAGGGAAGCAAUUCGCAACUUGUCACUAGCAGAUUAUCAGCGUCCACCAAGUCACUGUUCAACCUCUUCAAGCCUCCGGCGAUGAACAACGUGAAACACGGUACGAGAGACAUGCAGUAUAACGAGGAGGAAAGCACCGUUCGUAUGUACCUGCGGGGACGACCCGUCGUCCUCUACGUUCCGACACCAUUAAUGGAGUCCUACGACCUUCACAAAGUCAGCACACCGCCCCAAAGCAAACUGAAACUCGACUGGGUGUACGGUUACCGGGGCAGGGACUGUCGAAGUAAUUUGCAUCUCCUGCCAACCGGAGAAAUCGUUUAUUUCGUCGCGGCUGUGGUGGUCUUGUACAAUAUGGAGGAGCACAGCCAGAGGCAUUAUCUGGGCCAUACGGACGACAUCAAGUGCAUAGCGAUUCACCCGAAUAAGUUAGUGGUAGCCACCGGCCAAGUGUGUGGAACCGACAGGCGAGAAGCGAUGCCCCAUAUAAGAAUAUGGAACUCGGUCAGUCUGACCACCCUGUGUGUGAUCGGCAACGGAGAGUUCGACGGUUCCAUUUGCUGUCUCUCGUUCUCGAAAGCGGACGGUGGAAAUUAUUUGUGCGCGAUCGACGAGACACCUGAUCACAAUAUCUCCAUUUGGGACUGGCAGAAGGGAGAGCGGGGCACCAAGGUGAUCGAGACUAAGCAAUGCUCCGUCGACAUGGUGGUAUGCGCCGAGUGGCAUCCGCUGGAACGGAACCACAUCGUAUCCUGCGGCAAGGGACACGUGUCUUUCUGGACUCUCGAUAACGGGGACGUGUUGUAUAAGCGGAUGGGUAUCUUGGAAAGUAGAGAGAAACCAAGAUACUUCACCUGCGUGGCCUUCAAUCAAAAUGGCGAUGUACUUACGGGUGAUAGCAACGGUAACAUCAUCGUGUGGGGGAGAGGUACCAGCACAGUAUCAAAAAUAGUAAGAAACAUCCACGAAGGAUCCAUAUUCUCAAUCUGCGUCCUCAAAGACGGUUUCAUCGUCACCGGCGGCGGUAGAGACGGCAAAAUACUGUACUUCGAUGAAUCCUUAAACUUGACGGGAGAAGAAGCGCAGAUUGAAGAUCACUUCGGUGGAAUCCGAACGCUGGCAGAAGGCAGAGGCUCACAGCUGCUGAUCGGCACCACAAGAAAUUGCAUCUUGCUGGGUGAUGUAGGUAUGGGAUUCAACCCAGCCAUGUUGGGACACGCUGAGGAAGUUUGGGGACUCGCUGCACAUCCUACUCUGCCACAGUUUGCGACGGCUGGACAUGAUAGGCUGCUACAGAUGUGGGACAGUCUUAGCCAUACUGUUGUCUGGAGCAAGGAUAUUGGGGAACAGGCACAGAGUAUUGGGUUUUCACCUGAUGGUAAUGUGAUGGUGGUUGGGUGCACCUCUGGCAAGUGGCUGGCUAUCGACAGUGAAACUAGGGAAUUGUACACUCACCAUAGUGAUGGAACAGAACCUAUUCAGGUUGUCCAAUUUUCCCCAGACGGUACAUUGCUGGCACUUGGUUCCAGAGACAACUACAUUUACAUUUACCAGGGAAAUGAAGAUGCAACCAAGUACAGCAGAGUUGGGAGAUGUAUGGGACAUUCCAGUUUUAUAACUCACCUGGAUUGGUCAGUCGAUGGACAAUACUUACGUAGCAAUAGUGGAGACUAUGAAUUGUUAUACUGGAAUCCAGGAGUUUGUCGUCAGAUACCUCAGUCCUCAGUGAUGAGAGACAUAGAAUGGGCAAGUCACACCUGCGUUAUAUCCUUUGAGACCAUUGGAAUCUGGCCUGAAGGUGCAGAUGGAACAGACGUGAACAAUUGUACCCGCAGCAAUGAUGGGAAACUGCUAGCAACUGGGGAUGAUUUUGGAAAAGUCAAGCUGUUCUCUUAUCCUGCUUGUCAACCGAAGUCGUUGUGCCAUGCUUAUGGGGGUCAUUCCAGUCACGUCACGAACGUGUCCUUCCUGCAGGAUGACACACGAUUAAUCUCCACUGGCGGAAGUGACACUAGCGUUCUCCAGUGGAUUGUAAAUUACUAACCUUACUUAAUCAAUGGUAUUCACAUUGAAUCGCUUUCGAAGUGUCCUUCAAGUGGCUAAAACGUUUGGAAAUGCGGAAAGGACGAUGAUCCUAUUGCGUCCACAAACGAGUACUCGAUUACCGACCGUAAUAUGAAAGUUGUAAUUGUUUUUACAAAGCAGGAUUCGCUAAUUGUACCGUUUAAGUGUCCUUUACAUGACCGAAAGUCAUAAUUAAUUUCCUAGCAAAUAAAGAAUUGUAUUAUCCAUUCAGAUAUGAAACGACCUGGGCCACUUGUGAUAUUAAAUUGUCCAAGUACAAUAUUUCUUUGUCUAAACAAUUUGAGUGACUUGAUAAAUUACAGCUUUAUGUAUAUCCUACAUGUUAAAAAUUUUUGCCUUAUAGUUGUUUCUUAACCUAACUGUAUCUGAACGGAUGAUAUAAAUUCUUAAUCACAACGUAAAUGUGAAAUCCGUCAUAGCAUCGUGCGCUCUGUUUAAUAAUAACGUAACGAAGUGUCUUUCACAUAUUCCGUACAGUAACCAUUCGCGUGCCCGCAUAAUGGCCGUUCGAUAAAUGAACACUUCUAGAAGAAACUGGUUUAGAGUUAGAAUACACGCAUCUAGCGAACGGUUACUGUAGCAGCUAUUUUCUGAACUUCGAAAUGUUGACUUUACAAAUUGCUGUGAGUGUUCUUCGUCCAUUAAUCAGCUGCAACACGACGCACUGUGUCUCAUGCAAUCUGCACAGUUUUAGAGAAACUUUUACAUAAUUAACACGAAGAGAAUUCUAAUUGUUCUUAUAGAUAGAAUGAUAGAAAUUUCAUUAUCCUCGUGUACCACCUUAAUCCGAACUGCGAAGUAGCUACGCUAGUUUCUUACGGAGAUGCCGUAAUUUGAUCUUCUCGUUUGGAAAAUAAGAGAUCUGUCAGUUGAUAAUGUGAACAUUUGUAAAUGUUUAACACAGAGUGCGGACACCAUGCAACUGUGGCACUCAUUUCAAGAAUGUAACUUUCGUAGGUCGUGUGGUUUUUUGUGCGGGAAGCAAGUGAUCUGCAUGUGAAGGAAACAGUGGUUUAACAUGAUUAUAUUUUGUAUACUUAUAUUGUAUAACACUGUACUCUGAUAUGUACUAUGAACUCCGACAAACGAUGACUCUGUAUGAAGACUCUGUGGACUCUAAUUCUGUAUAAACUUGAACUAAAUUUUCUCUGA